GUAACAUUGGCCCCUUCUAUUUGGGUUGGGUCCAAUAACCAAAUCGAUUAGGCCCACUAUUUUCGCUACACAGAAGGGAUACCGGUCCGACAUCUGCACUUUACAUAGCAACUACUACCAAUUUCCAGGUGAAAAAUUGACCGUCGGCCGGACUAUGGAGGAGAAGGCGGAGGAAGGAGCGAAACAAAGGAACCCGGUGUCAAGAGCUACCACCCAGAAAGUGCUGAUUCAGAUUCCCUCUUACGAAGAAGUAAUCGGAGCCUCGCAGCCCAAAUCGACCCCUUCUUCUGGGUCUCUCUUUCAGCCAUCCCAGUCUUUCUCCCAAGCUUUCUCCUUUAUCAAGAAUUCCGAAUUCUACUCCCCUCCCCCGCAGCCGCCGCAGCCAUCGUCGCAAUCGCCUUCCUCCUCGUCUUUGCCGAAUAGUGUCUCCCGGAGUGGCGCUGCUGCUUCUUCAUCAAGUUCUCAGUCGGGUUCACAGAAUAGUCAGACUCGGAAUGCGAUCCUUGUUAGUCACAGGCAGAAGGGAAACCCUUUGCUUAAGCACAUCAGAAAUGUGAGGUGGACUUUUGCUGAGGUGGUCGGUGACUACUUGGUUGGCCAGAGCUCAUGUGCUCUCUACCUGAGUCUUCGCUACCAUCUAUUGCAUCCGGACUACCUGUAUUACCGAAUAAGGGAGCUCCAGAAGAACUACAAGCUUCGUGUUGUUCUUUGCCAUAUCGAUGUGGAGGAUGUUGCUAAGCCUUUACUUGAAGUUACAAAGACAGCAUUGCUUCAUGAUUGUACACUUCUAUGUGCAUGGAGUUUGGAGGAAUGUGGUCGUUACUUAGAGACCAUAAAAAUGUAUGAGAACAAGCCCGCAGACCUUAUUCAGGGUCAGAUGGACACUGACUAUUCAUCAAGGUUACAACAUGCCCUCACAUCUGUUAGACAUGUUAACAAGACUGAUGUGGUCACCCUUGGCUCGACAUUUGGGUCUCUUUCCAGUGUAAUGGAUGCCUCGAUGGAGGAUCUUGCUCGUUGUCCUGGCAUAGGAGAGCGCAAGGUGAAACGUCUGUAUGAUACUUUUCAUGAACCAUUCAAGCGCACAGUUUCAAAUUACCCUGUUGUUCCUGAAACUCCUACCCAAGGACCUUCCUUGGAAGAUCAAGUUGCAGAAGUAGGAGUAGAAAAGGAAGGAGAAGAAGAUACAAAUAAGCGUAGGAGGAAAGAACCCGAAAAGACAGUCAAAUCUGCCCUGUCCGCUGCAUAUGCUAAGUAUGCUAAUAAGUUUGGCAAAAAGAACAGUAAAUCUCCGGAAAAGGAGGCAGGAGGACGAAGUAGCUCCCCAGGACCAGAAGGUGCAAAGAGUAACUCCAAAGAAGGGGAAUCAAGCUGACUAUCUGAAAGUCUGAGAUGAAUAAGUGCUUUGGUUCUUGAUGUGAACGAACCAAGCAAUUCUACAAUUCAGAAGAUCAUUCAAGGUCAAAGCCUAAUGGCUACUGUCCAAGUGGUGAGUUCUGCACUUGGGCUUAUCAGCAGCGCUGAGGUGCGUAAGUCUGUGAAUUUGUAGAUUAGCUUCAAGGAUGCUGGAUUUUAAUCCAGCCAAAGUGUAUGUCAUUAACUUAUUGAUGGGGUAUGACCAAACAAGUAAAGUCUAACUAUUAGAUUCUGAUAAAAGACACUUAUAUUU